GACCUCGACCGCCAGCUAGGGUCCAGUCCACCCUUUGGCCGUCUCUUUCUUCCCUUUAUAAGUCAGCGGUGAUACUCAACUGCAAGCUUCCGGUGGUCUGUCUGCACUUUUGGCGAAAUAUGCCUUCCGAAGGAGACUCCUUCCUUCCACGGAUCCAGUCCGUUUUCUACGCUGUCUUCGACGUUCAGAAGGGCCCAAAAAUCGUAUACCAAGUCCCCGAGGGCCUUAUCGCAACAAGUGGUCCCUCUAACCCUGCUCUAGGCGCUGUAUACCCUUCUGCGCCUCCGACGCCAUCCAUCGAGACACCACCCUCUGCCCAAACGCCUAGUGCUGCGUCACGCAACUCGAGCAUAUCUCUGGUAUCACCCGUCGACUACCAGCGGCCGAACUCGCGGAAUCUGUAUUCGCCCUCCCACAAGCAACGCUCGGGCUCUUCGAAUCGGAUAUUGUUCAACUUUGACGACAUAUCGAAGUAUGUGAUCCCGCCAAGUCCACUUUGCGGGAGACUGGUGACCUGCGCGACGAAGCACUAUCGAAUUGUGGGGCAUCCGGUAGCGCUGGAGGGAGCGCAGUACGAGCGGAACUACCUUUACUACAAUGUGUGCUUUGUCUUCGAGCGCUCGGCCGAUGUCAGCUGUUACGAGCCUAUCGUCCGCAAGGUCAACCGGGUUCUGACUUCAUGUGAGGAAGAGUCAAAGUACAUAUCUUGUCCGCCAACACCAGACGCCAUGCAAGCGAUCCUGGAACAGCUUUUCGAGGAUCUCAAUUCGUAUUCGGAGACAGCGAUUCCCAUCGACCACUUCAACUCGAUCCAGCUGAAGAUCUUUCCCUUCUAUCCGAAUCCUCCGCCGGUACAUGACUGGAUGGUCCCCGUCGCACUGAUCAAUCUGAAGAAAGCGGUUGAGGACGACUGGGAUCUGACCAUGGUAAAGAUCUGCAAAUUCAUCGAUGGCACGAACCAUGUCAGCAGGAUAGCGCAUCUCGCUGACUGCGACCCUGUUUUAACUCGCGAAGCUAUAUCGCACCUCUUGUAUUAUCAAGUCAUCAUGACCAUCGACAUCUUCCAGUUCUCCAACGUGUAUACACUUCGGCGAAGCAUCCAGUGGCUCGCGGAGGAACCGCACGUUAAGGAGGAGUGCGGUCCUUAUGUGACGCGGCCUGGGCAGAGGAUUCCUGACUGGCCUAAGCUGCUGCACCUCUAUUCACGCUUCCGAUCCGGGAAGACGGUCCAGCAAUGGAUGGAGGCCUACGAUGUGCAUGAGCUCGGCAUCGACGCCCGCCGUUUCACAAGCUUCGGCGUAAUCAAGGGCUUCCUCCGCCGCGUCCACCGCUGGCCCGUCCUCCUCCCGCCCCCAGCGCUCCACCACAACACGCCCGAAACCCCCAUAACCCCCCUUGACGCCACCGCCACCACCCGCAAGCGCGUCGCCAGCCUCUCCUCCCUCAGCCAGUACCCCGUCUUCUCCCCCGACGCCACGCCCACCCUCCCGCCCGCCGCGCACCAGGCGCAGCUCCUCUUCCGGGGCAACCUCGCCGGCGGCGCCUACCACCCCGCGCCGAACCUGGGCACCAGCACCCCGCCGACGCACGCGACGCUGUCGGGCGCGACGACGCCGACGCUGGCGAGUCCUGCGGUACCUGCCGUCGCGUCCCCCGUACCGGCGGAGGCGAGCGCGGACGUGCUGACCUAUGCGUUCGAUAUGUAUAGGGCGCGGCAGGCGUCGGCGGCGGAGCGGGCGCUGGAGCACCUAAGGAACAAGGACUCGGCGCAGACGAGGUGGAGCGCGCUGGCGGCGUCGGUAAGGCGGCCGGGGUCGCCGCUGAUGUCGCUGCCGCCGCUGGCGGGGAGGGCGCAGGAAAACGGGGGAAGGGGGCAAGAGCACGGGGCAAGAGGACCUGGCCUGGAAUCGCGGAGACAGUCCCUCAUGGCGCAAGGUCUCCCGCCGCCUUCGCCCAAUAUCAAGAUCAAGACAACCUCCGCUUCACACCGACAUCGACAAGCAGCCACAGGCGACUAUCGACAGCCCAACGCGGGUGACCCGCGCUGGGCACCCACCAGCGACCCCAAAAACUGCCCACCCGAGCUCAUCCCCCUCCUCGACGGCGAGCACCACACAGACGAGCUGAGUGUGCGCUUCGAGGCAGGCUGGCCGCUGCUACAGCAAUGGCUCGCGGUAGCGGGCGGGGGUACGGGUGAGGAUGGGGAUUUUGGGAGGGUUUGUGUGAUUUAUCGGUAG